AUGUCCGCUCCCGUUCCUGUUUGUUAUUCAGAUAUUGGUAAAUUUGCCUCCGAUUUACUUGGCAAGGAUUAUCCGAUAGGAACAAUCAAGCUCGAGUCCAAAAGUACUGCACCAAACGAAUUAAAGACAGGAGGUAUUAAUGGAGAGUUUAAGAGCAAAUAUAGUUAUCCCAAAAAAGGGUUCACGUUUACUGGAGCUUGGACGACAUACAAUAAUUUAAAUGCUCAAGUUGAACUUGAUAAUAAUCUUGCCAAAGGAUUGAAAUUGGAUUUAACCUCAAGUCUUUCAUUAUCUAGGGGUAGUAGGAACGUUAAGGGGGGAGUCAUUUUUAAACAACCCGGUUUUCAUACAAAACUUUACGUUGAUGUCCUUAAGGGACCGGAAUUUCAUGGGGACGUGGUAAUUGGUCAUGAAGGAUUUCUUAUAGGUGGUGAAGCGGUUUAUGAUGUUUCGGAUGGAAAAGUUACUCGUUAUGGAGUUUCCACGGGAUUCACGGCUCCGGAAUAUAAUAUCACUCUCAAAGCUACUAAUUCCAUGGCCACCUAUGAGCUUUUAUAUUAUCAUCGUGUACAUGGUGAUAUUGAAGCAGGAGCGAAAGCGAAAUGGGAUACAACUUUAAAUGAUAAUAGUGUCAAUAUGGAAAUUGGUCUGGGAUAUACACAAUCGCUUCGACCAGGUGUCAAGAUUUCUAUUGGAGGUAGUUUUGAAACAUCUAAAUUGAGUGAAAAUGUACACCGAGUUGGUGUUUCUUUCAAUUUGGAAUCUUAA